GCAGCUUCGAGGCCACAAUCGCGCAACCAUCUCAAAGCAAGCGCUCAACCAACAUCACAUUUCAUACCCGCCAGACCCUUACGCCUUCUGCGAAUAUUUGAUUACUGAAGAAGAAUAUCCAAGACCUUGAAAUUACUCACAUACAACUGACUGAAGCAAAGUGUAAAAUCCAAGAUGAGCGACAAGAUCAAGCACCUCACCUCGAGCUCCGAGCUCUCAGACCUCUUCAAAUCAACGACUUACGUGGCGGUGGACUUCUACGCCGACUGGUGUCCUCCGUGCAAGGCGAUCGCGCCCAUCUACGAGAAACUAGCAGCGCAACAUGCUGUUGAAGGCAUCCUUGCCUUUGCCAAGAUCAACGUUGAUCGCGCCCAGGAUGCCGCGACGACGUACGGGGUCACUGCCAUGCCGACUUUCAUGUUCUUCAAGGAGGGGCGCCAUGUUGCAGUGAACGGCCAGAAUGUGAUUCAGGGCGCAGAUGUGAGGAGCCUUGGCGCGGCGGCCGAGAAGCUCGGCGGCCUUGCGCAGAAAAGGGCAGCUGAGGCUACGUCGUCAUGAUGGCGGGGUAGAUUCGGUCUGGUUGUGUUGGGUUAACAUGGUCGGAGUGGGAUGGCUGUGAGCACAGGGUGUUUGUGUACGGGGAUUGGGCCGUGUCAUCUUGGGGUGAGAAGAUGCAUGCAUGGGAUUCCGGCCUAGGAUCGCACGUCUACUGCCGCUGCUUCCGCCAUCUAAAGCACGUGAGGUUGUUUCAAGACAUCACAUGGAAAUUUUGGAUGGCCAAUUGCUGCUGCGAUAGCUACACCACAAAGGCAGCAGAGGACUCAGGAACCUCAUGCUGAUACUAGCAAUCAUACCUAACCUACUGGUUGGGUGGGCACAGCUGCCGACAGCUGUGAUAUACUAGGAUGUCAAGCUAGGCGGCAUGGUUUCGUAUGAGAUGCUUCCAAACGCUCAGCAUCUUCGAGCCUACACAGGUAGAAAGCAUAUC